GCGAAGGCGGUGCUUUUCCUUCCCUCCUCUCCACCGAGGAUCACAAGUAUACCAGGCGGGAUUUCGUCGCUGUUUUUGAACUACAAUUCUUAAAAAGAACUGUUAGAACCACUGCAGUUCAUAAAUAUAAAUCCGAAUUACGAUAGGUGACAUCUGUACGCCGAUUUAAGGUCAAAACGAGGGCCUGCUUCCCCUCAGACAGACAGAGGCCAUCAUGAAGCUGACGGACAAUGUGCUGCGGAGCUUCAGAGUUGCUAAGGUGUUUCGAGAAAACACAGACAAAAUUAAUUGUUUCGAUUUCAGUUCAAACGGAGAAACGAUUAUUUCCAGCAGCGACGACGACUCAUUAGUCUUAUACGACUGCCAAGAGGGAAAACCCAAGAGGACUCUCUACAAAAAGUAUGGAGUGGAUCUGAUCAGGUACACACAUGCUGCAAACACUGUGGUCUACAGUUCCAACAAAAUCGAUGAUACCAUCCGGUACUUGUCCCUCCAUGACAAUAAAUACAUCCGCUACUUUCCUGGCCAUAACAAAAGAGUGACAUCUCUCUCCAUGUCUCCUGUGGACGACACAUUUAUUUCUGGCUCACUAGAUAAAACAAUCAGACUGUGGGAUUUGCGGUCGCCUAACUGUCAGGGUCUGAUGCACCUACAAGGGAAGCCAGUGUGCUCCUUUGAUCCCGAGGGUCUCAUUUUUGCUGCCGGAAUAAAUUCAGAGAUGGUUAAACUUUAUGAUCUGCGGUCGUUUGACAAGGGUCCCUUUGCGACCUUCAAGCUUCAGUAUGACCGAACAUGCGAGUGGACAGGACUCAAGUUUAGCAAUGACGGAAAACUCAUUCUUCUUUCUACAAACGGUGGAGCCCUUCGCAUCUUAGAUGCUUUUAAGGGCGCUGUGCUACAUUCCUUCGGGGGCUACAACAACAGUAAAGGUGUGACACUGGAGGCAUCAUUCACCCCGGAUUCUCAGUUCGUCAUGAUUGGCUCUGAGGAUGGAAAGAUCCAUGUGUGGAAUGCAGAGAGCGGCAUGAAGGUGGCUUUAUUAGACGGGAAGCACACAGGACCAAUAACCUGCCUACAGUUCAACCCCAAGUUCAUGACGUUUGCAAGUGCCUGCUCCAACAUGCUGGUUCUGGGGGCCUAUAGAGAGCCAGAAAAGAGCUGGGACCAGGAUUAUGAUCGCUUCCUGCUGCCUCUCCUGGACGGGCAGGAGCCCUGCUACAUCCUGUACCGCCUCGACUCCCAGAAUGCACAGGGCUACGAGUGGAUCUUCAUUUCGUGGUCUCCUGACCAGUCUCCGGUGAAACAAAAGAUGUUGUACGCUGCCACCCGAGCGACAGUGAAGAAAGAGUUUGGCGGUGGCCAUGUGAAGUACGAGAUUUUUGGCACAGCUGAGGAGGACAUCUGUUUGCAGGGCUACCAGCGUCAUGUGUCAUCCUGCUCAGGUCCUGCCCCGCUCACAUUAGCCGAGCAGGAGCUGCAGAGGAUUAAAAUCACAGAGGGCCGGGUUAAACAGGUGAAGACAGAGAUCAGCGUGGAGAGCAAACACCAGACACUUCAGGGCCUCGCUUUCCCUCUGCAGGAGACCGCAAAACGAGCCCUGCUGCAACUCGCCCAAAAACGCAUCAAUUACAUACAGCUGAGGUUGGAUGUAGAGAAAGAGACAAUCGAGCUGGUCCACUGCAACCCGACAGAAACUCGUGAUUUGCCCCGCAGGGUUCCAAAAGACACUCCCAGAUACCACUUCUUCCUCUACAAACACUCCCACGAAGGAGACUACCUGGAAUCUGUCGUAUUCAUAUACUCUAUGCCAGGAUACAGCUGUAGCAUCAAGGAGCGGAUGUUGUAUUCCAGCUGCAAAAGUCGACUACUGGAGGAAGUGGAGAAAGAUUACCAUUUGGAAAUUGCUAAAAAGUUGGAGAUUGACGACGGAGAUGAACUGACAGAAGAUUUUCUGUAUGAGGAGGUCCAUCCCAAGCAGCACGCCCACAAACAGGCCUUCGCUAAGCCCCGCGGCCCAGCAGGAAAAAGGGGACACAAGCGCCUCAUUAAGGGGACAGGAGGGACCACGCAUGAGAGCUAGAUGUGGACACAUUUCUCGCAUAGUUCCAGACCGCCCCCGUUUCCCUCAGACCCUCUAACACCUCGUCAGGCUCAGGGGAACGAGCACAGUGAUGGAUUUCCUCUGCUGUUUGUGUACUGAAACAUUUGUGCUAUUUAACUGAUGUGUUUUUGAUGAAAAUGUGUUAAUAAAUUGUCUGACACACCCACUGAAGUCCCAUGGGGAAAUAAAUAUAGACAGAUAUAUCAUCGAUCAAUAUGCAUUAACUGUUUUUUAAAACGAGUCAAGCUGAAAACCAGACAAGUGGCUUUGUUAUUGUGAAGUUUAUCUGCCUGGUUCUUCCACACUUAUAUAAAUAGAUCUGCAGUUUACAGUAUAAAAAUAACAGCCUUAUAAUGACUUCAAAAUGCCUCAGAUGUUUCAGUCAUGUCUGGCCUUCAGUACAAGUUUUGUAUCAACAAUGUUUGUAAGACACCAAGAAAGGAAAUUCCAAAUAAAUGUUGUUUAUACUGUGGUAUUAA